AUGAAUUCUUAUUUAUAUAAAAAUUAUUUUCCUUCAAAAUAUUUAAAAAGUUAUAACUUAUUUAAAAAAUACAAAGAUGUAAAAUAUUUUAAUAAUACACCAAUUCCUAAAAGAGUAGGAUUUACUAAACCUACAUUUAAGUUAAAUAGAAAAGCACAAAAAUAUAUAGUUAAUGUUCAAUGGCUAAAAAGUAGUGACAUUAAAAAAUUAGAAAAAUUAUGUAAAAAUAUAAAAAAAGAUGCCAAUUUAUUUAAUAGCUAUGAAAUUAUUGACUUAAUAUAUUAUUUAAGCAAACAUUCAUAUAAAAACAUAUAUUUAACUAUAGAACCAUUGCUAUUUCAUUUUUUUCUUAAAUAUAACACUUCAACUAAUUUAAAUGGUAUUUCACUACAUAGAUUAUUGAGAGUACUCACAGAAUAUCAAGAUUUAGUUUAUAGAGAAUGGAUAUAUUCAAUUGCAAAAAUUAUAUCAAAAAAGCAUGCUCAUAUAUCAAUGAGAGAUAUUCAACUCAUUUUAGAUGACUUAGCUUUAUUUUAUGAUUUUCAAAUACAAUGUCAAAUAAUUCCAUUUUACAAAACUAUAGUAAAUAGAAUAAAUGAACUUGAAAUAAAAAGAUUACCAUUUCUUAUACAUGUUAUUGGUAGAAUUGGAUGUAAUAAUAAUGAUUUAUUAAAUAUUCUUUUUAACACACUACGAAAAAAUAUUUGUAAAAAUGAAUUGUAUAGAUCAGAUUUUUCAGGUUUAAUAUUAAGAGGAUUAGCAAAUCUUAAAAUAUUACCUGAUAAAAACAUUUUAUAUCAAUUAUAUAAGCCUGUAAGAGAUAAUAUAAAUUAUACUAAUAUAAAGUAUAUAUCUUGGUGCGCUGAUGGAUUUUCUAGGUUAAAUUAUUUUUUCCCAUUACCCCAACUGGUAAAUCAAAUAUUAAAAAUGAAAGAAAAAAUAUCUCAUCUUGAGCUUAAUGAUUUUUCAUCUAUACUAAACUGCAUUCAAGCAUAUAUUUUAAUAAAGCUAUAUAACAAUCAUAAUAUAAAUUCAAAUAUGCCAACAGAAAAAUGUUUUAUGUUAUCUAAUAAAAAUUAUAAAAAUAGUUUUUCUAAUAAUCAAAAUCAAUUUAUUAGUGAUAAUUUACAUAAUGAGACAAAUAAAACAUUUCAAUCUUUUAAAAAUGAUGAUAAUUUAAAUAUUUCUCAAAAUAAAAAAAGUUCUUUGAAUAAGGAUUUAUUUAUUAAGAACAAAAAGUUUAUUCAAGAAGAUUUUAAAAAAGAAGAAAAAUUACUAAUGGAGAAAAAUAAUUAUUUGAAUGGAGAAAAAAUACAUAAUAUUGAAAAUGAAGAAAAAGAAUAUUUUUUUAGUUUAAAUACUCAAAGAGACUAUAAUGACUAUGAAAAAAAAAAAGAUAUUAUUAUGAAUAAAAAUGAAUUUAAUACAGAAAAAGAGGGGAGACAAAAUAGCAAAGAUAAUAAUAAAAAUAUAUAUAUAGAAAAUAAAGAAAGUACAAAAUUUUUCUGUGACAAUUCAAAUUCAAGCUCAAAUAAAACAAAUUUAAAUGAAAUAUAUUCAAAUUUUGAUAUUAACGAUAACUUAAUAUCUGUUGAAAAGUUAUAUGAAAUCUAUUUAAAAUUAGAAAAUUUGAUAAUAGAAAAGAUUAGUGAAAGCAUUUAUAACAGUACUCCUCCUUAUAGAGUUAUUAUGUUUGAAUUGAUGACUAGGUUAUUUAGAUUUUAUGGAAAACCUAUUGAUCUAAUUAUAAACAUGAAAACUCAUAGAUAUGACACUUCUUUAUUAUUAAAAUAUACAAACAGUCUACAACUUAUUAUAUCUAAUCAAAAUAGUAGAAAAAAAAGUGAUUCAGAAUUAUCCUUUUAUGUCAAACAAUAUAAUUUCCCAAAUGAGUUUUUUUUUGGAAAUAUAGAAAAUCCUGAAAAACGUGAAGAUUCAUCAAACAAAGGAGAAAUAAGGAGAAUAGAGUAUGAACAUAUGUAUGAAAAUUCUAAAAGUAUAAAGCAUAAAAAAAAAAAAGAUGAAAUAGAAAAAACAUACAUAGAUAUUAAUAACCAAAAAAGCAUAAGCGAAAAGGAUAAAAAAGAUGUGAAUGAAAAAAAUCAUUUAAACGUGAAUAUUCCAUUACCUAAAAUUUUUAAAAAUUUUUUGCAUUCAAUAUUCUUUAGAACGCCUGCAUUAGGAGGAAGAACUAUUAUGCUACUAUUAAUUGCUUUAGUUAGAUUAAAUUUUGGAGAAAGAGAAAAAUCAGAAUAUUUAAAUCCAGUUAAUUCUCAUAUUUUACCUUUUAUGAAAGCUAAUGAAAUAUAUAGGCCUUUUACAAAAUGUAUUAUUCGUGAAAUCAUUAGAAAACUGGAAACAUUUAAUGCAGAAGAAUUGAUCAUAUGCUCAAUUUGUUUAAAUGAAUUAGAUGCUUUGGAUUUAAAUCAUGAAUUUUUUUCAUUACUAAUUGAUAGAUUUCUUAAUUUAAAAAAAGAUAAUUAUAUGAGCAAAGAUCAAUUAUUACAAUUAAAAAAGUUGUUCAACUUUUGGUUUAAUAAAAAAAAAAAUCUUAUUAAAAGUUUAAAUUUUACUUCAAUAAAGCAUAUAAAAAACCUUUUUUUUGCAUAA